AUGGCCGCCCAAGUCGCUAUCCCAAAGACUCAGACGGCCAUCAUUGCUGGUGACGCCGAUGGCACCCUCAAGAUUGACAGCAAUGUCCCCGUCAUCCAGCUCGAGCCCGACGCAGUUCUCGUCAAGACUGCUGCUCUGGCCCUGAACCCCGUCGACACCAAGAUGUUCAAGGGCUUUGCUGCCGAGGGCGCCAUUCUCGGAUUCGAUUUUGCCGGUACCGUCGUCGCCGUCGGCUCCGCCAUCACCAAGGACGUCAAGAUCGGCGACAGAGUGCUCGGCUCGGCUGACAGCAUGGACUCGAGGCGUCCCAGCGGCGGUGCCUUCUGCGAGUACGCUUCGACGCCGGCCAGUCUCACCCUCAAGAUCCCCGAUGACAUGUCCUUCACCGACGCCGCCUGCAUAAGCACCUCGCUAGCCUCGGCUGGCAUGGCGCUGUGGUUCAGCAUGAAGAUUCCCUCCACCAUGACCAACCCGGCAACUGGCGACAAGCGCCCCUACGUCCUGGUCUAUGGUGGCUCUACCUCGACCGGCACCAUGGCCCUCCAGAUGCUCAAAAAUGCCGGCCUCCGUCCCAUUGCCACCUGCUCGCCGCACCAUGACGAGUUUGUCCUCUCGUACGGUGCCGAGAAGGUGUUUGACUAUCACUCCCCCACGUGCGCAAAGGACAUCCGCGCUUACACCGGCAACGCGCUGGCCUACGCCAUUGACUGCAUCACGCUUUCUUCCUCGAUGAAGAUCUGCUACGAGGCCGUCGGCCGUGCUGGUGGCCGCUACUGCGCUCUCGACCCCUUCCCCGAUACCCAGGCCACUCGCCGUGUUGUUAAGCCUGACUGGAUUCUGGGAUCUAGUGUCAAGGGUCGUGGCUCCCUGUGGCCCGCUCCCUAUGGCCGGGAGCCCGAUGCCACUGCUCGCUCCUUCUGCGAGGACCUCUACGCCGCUGCCCAAGCCCGGUUGGAUGCUGGCGAGCUGAAGAACCACCCCGCCCAGGUGAUGGAGGGUGGCUUCGAGGGCGUCCUUGAGGGCAUCGAGAUGAUUCGCCGCAAGGAAGUCAAUGGUUUCAAGCUUGUUUACCCUGUCAACUAA